AUGGUAGAACCUAAAUACGUGGUGGCAGACCAGAGACAUGAUGAGAACUCUACUACAACCAUCCUCGAUGAUUUAAUGACUCGACUAAUGCUAGAUGGAUUAAACUAUGGUUUAUGGUCCCAAGUUGUUGAGAUAUCUAUCUCUGGCAAGGACAAAUUGGGAUAUAUUAAUGGAGACAUUCUAGAACCUGAAUCAUCAGACCCCAUGUUUCGAAAAUGGAGAAUCGAAAAUACAAUUUUGAAGGGAUGGAUAAUUAAUUCCAUAGACCUGACUCCAAUCGGAAAUUUUAUUCGAUUUUCUACUGCAAAAAUGGUGUGGGAUGCAAUUGCUACUAUUUAUUUCGAUGGAACAAACACUUCUCAAGUGUAUGGUUUGAAGAAACAUGUGACAAGAAUGAGACAAGCAGGAGGAUCCAUUGAAGAAUAUUACAAUGGUCUACAAGGCUUGUGGAGAGAUAUUGAUUUUUGUAGGUCAAACCCAAUGGAAUGCCCUGCUGAAAUAAAGAUAUACAACUUGGCUAUAUAG